CUUUCAUUGACUUAACGGCCACGGGUGUCGCUGUUAACAAGCAUUUGAAAGUUACAAAUAUUCCCUUUAAAUCAAAGGGAUGUGAUGUGAAAAUGUCCUCAACUAACCCUUAUAACUGUGCUGGUUUGUGUUUUCAAAUCACUGCAGAUGUCCAAUAAACUGACCCCAGCAUGCAGUCAUUACCACAUCACUUCAGGAAUUUGUUUAGGUAACAGCAUUAAAAAGAAAAGUACAAGCUACCUCUCAUUUCUCCCUCCAGUGUUGGUGUUUUUUAUGAAAGCAGCAGCAGCAGCUCUCUCAACUCCGCCCCACGUUUCCCCCAAACUCUGACUGAACUUUCCUUAGUGGAGUCUUGUUCUGUGCGUCACUCCACACACUCCUGGCUUGGACAAAACCACAGGACUAUCUCCUCCUGAAACACAAGAACAAUGGGUUGGCAGGAGCAAGGAUGGCUCUUCUGUGCGAGUUUUCUCGGGUUUGUGUUGUCGGUGCAGAGCAUAACGAGAGGAGAGCUUUUCCAGUUCGGUCCAAGUGCCAGUGAUCAGUUACUGGAAGCAGGGAAUGACCAGACGCAACGAAUGGAACUGGACCAGCCAGUUCUGUUCUACGAUGGAACGUUCGACAGCAUCUUUAUCAACACCAAUGGUUUUGUUGCCACAGCAGAGCCAACCAGCGAGUCGACAUAUCUUGGCAGUAUGCCCGCAAAAUUCGGCAUGAUUGCAGUUCAGCAAGGAGACCUGGACACCAGUGAUGGUGUGGGGAAGGUUUUCUUCCGUCAAGACUCAAGUCCUGCUGUUCUGACCCUGGCGGCCCAGUACAUCAACAGGGCCUUCCCCUUGGACGACGAAGUCAAUCCCACCCACGCAGUGGUGAUCACCUGGGCUGAUGUAAACACCCAUGCACCACCACAAAGCAGAGGAGAUGGCAUUGUAAAGAAGAGAAACACCUUCCAGCUGGUUAUUGCAAAUCUGGAGAAGGCAUCGUACGCUAUUGUCUUGUAUGCAAGGGACGGGGUGCAGUUCUCCUCCACGCCUGUACAAGGCAGCAGUGUGGUCAUGCAUGCUGGCUUCAGUAAGGGUUUGGUCCAGGGUUUCCUGUACAACAGUCAGGGGCCGUACUACCGCACCACCACUGAUGACGAGGCAUCCGUCAGGGCUUUAGCAGAAGAGACCAACUCUGGCGUGCGGGGUGUUUGGGUGUACGAGAUUGGAACUUCCCCCUUUUUUUCCAACGUGGCUCCAGGUGAGGUCACUGAGCUGCCCACCAGGGACCCCAGGUCACAGGGGCCCCCUGAGGAGGCCACUGAUGCAAGAAGGACUGUGUAUCAUAAUGGACAACAAGAGCUGGACAUUCCUUAUGAGCCAGAGGGGGCGCAGAUUGAAGUCCACCCAGUUCAGUACCAGCCACAUCAGCCUGACAACCCAGAAGUCCUGGUGGUGGAUGACACGGAUAUAAAUGUAGAUGUGUUCUCAUACAACUUGGGGACGUGUGCCAACAAUAGGAAUAAGUGCUCCCAGUUUGGCGACUGCAAGGACUACUCCAGCGGAUACUGCUGCAACUGCAGACCUGGCUUCUACGGCAAUGGGAUACAGUGUGUGGCAGAGGGAAAACCACAGAGGAUGAACGGUAAAGUGUAUGGAAAAGUGUCUGUUGGCAACUCUCCUUCUCCGGUGGAGUUCACCAGCAACGACCUCCACUCAUACGUUGUGGUGAAUGAUGGCCGUUCCUAUGUGGCCAUCAGUGACAUCCCUUACACCCUUGGACCCUCGCUGCAGCCCCUGUCGGCCCUCGGUGGCGUGAUUGGGUGGGCGUUUGCUCUGGAGCAGCCUGGCUUCAAGAAUGGCUUCAGUAUUAUUGGAGGGGAGUUCACACGGCAGGCUGAGGUGACCUUUCUGCCAGGGAAUGAGAAGCUGACCAUCAGGCAGGAGUUCAAAGGCAUCGACGAGCACGACCACCUGGCGGUGAGCACCACCCUGGAGGGCCGGGUCCCUGAGGUGCCUCGUGGCUCCACCGUGCAGAUCGACCCUUACUCUGAGAUCUAUCAGUACAGCAACAACUUGAUCACUUCAUCCUCCACUCGUGACUACGUAGUGAGCUUGCCCGACGGCUCCACUGAAACCAGGACGUACCAGUGGCGUCAGACCAUCAGCUUCCAAAGCUGCCAGCAUGGCGAGUCUUUGAGAGACAUGAAACCGACCCAGAUGCUCAGCGUGGACCAGGUCUUUGUCAUGUACGACGCCAAUAAUGAGCUCAUCCGGUUCGCCAUGAGCAACAAGAUCGGGGAUAUCAACGGCGGACAGCCAGAAGAGAACCCGUGUUUCACUGGAAGACACGGCUGUGACACCAACGCUGUGUGUCGACCUGGAGAGGGAACUCAGUUCACCUGCCAGUGUGCUAAUGGCUUCAACGGAGAUGGACGCACAUGUUAUGACAUUGAUGAGUGCAGAGAGAAUCCUCAGAUCUGUCUCUCCCACGCUAUCUGCAACAACCAGCCCGGGACCUUCCGCUGCGAAUGUGAAGACGGUUAUCAGUUCGGCAAUGAUGGCCAGACCUGCGUUGAGGUUUAUCAACCUACGGACGCCUGUGAAGACGGCACCCAUAACUGUGACAUUCCUGAGCGCGCUCAGUGCAGCUACGCCGGAGGCUCGUCCUACAUUUGCACCUGCCUGCAAGGGUUCAUAGGAGACGGCAGAGUCUGCCAAGACAUAGAUGAGUGCCAGCCAGGCAGGUGCCAUCAGGACGCUGUGUGUUAUAACAACCAGGGAUCAUUUACCUGCCAGUGCAGGCCGGGUUACUAUGGCGACGGCUUCUACUGCUCUCCAGAGAGGACAAAAACACAAUGUGAGACCCAUAGAGACAGUCUCCAGGGUGUGACGGAGGCUGGUCCGCGGGGCCCUCGACCUCCCGUCGGACAGUACAUCCCUACGUGUGACGAGAACGGCGCCUAUGAGUCCAUGCAGUGCCACGGCAGCAUGGGACACUGCUGGUGCGUGGACCGAAACGGGCAGGAGAUCCCUGGGACUCGCUCUGGGCCUGGCAGCAGACCGAUGUGUAUCGACCAUGGUGGUGUGCCACCACCUGUUGGACCCACCCCUCGACCUGAUGUCCACCCACUGCCUCCAGGAACACACCUGCUGUUUGCCCAGAGCGGCAGGAUAGAGCACGUCCCGCUGGAAGGUUAUAAUAUGAAAAAGAACGAUGCCAAGGUCAUCCUCCAUCUCCCUGAGAAGGUAAUCAUCGGAGUGGCCUAUGACUGUGUGGACAAAAUGGUCUACUGGACUGAAAUCACGUCGCCCUCGAUCAGCAAGGCCAGCAUCGAGGGGGGAGAGCCCACCGCAAUCAUUAGAUCAGAUCUGGACAGCCCAGAGGGUAUCGCCAUCGACCACUUGGGACGAACUCUGUUCUGGACGGACUCUGUGAAGGAUCGCAUCGAGGUGGCCUCUUUGGACGGGUCUCAGCGUCGGGUCAUCAUAGACACUGAUCUCGUCAACCCACGUGCUAUUAUCACCGACCCUCCCAAUGGCAAUCUGUACUGGACCGACUGGAACCGCGAUGCCCCCAAGAUCGAGACCUCUUACAUGGAUGGAUCCAACAGAAGGGUGCUGGUGAAAGACGAUCUCGGCCUGCCUAACGGCUUGACUUACGACUCCCAGAGCUCUCUGCUUUGUUGGGCAGAUGCAGGCACACAUAAAAUGGAGUGCACACAUCCUGGCCACGGUGACCGCAUGAAGGUUAUGGAGGGGCUUCAGUACCCGUUUGGAAUCACGUCUUUUGGGAAGAACAUCUACUACACUGACUGGCGGAGGGAUGCCGUGGUUGCCGUGGACCUCCGCUCUGGCAAGGAGUCAGACGAGUUCCAGCCUCAGAAACGGACCAAGAUAUAUGGGAUCACCACAGCCUAUGCCCAGUGUCCAUCAGGGCAAAACUACUGUGCUGUGAACAACGGGGGCUGCACUCACCUCUGUUUAGCAACCCCUACCGGCCGCUCCUGCAAAUGUCCCAGCAACGCCGUGGGUGUGGGCUGUGUGGAGAGAGACAGCGGGUACUGAGAGGAGGCGGCUGUGCUCUGAGUUGACACUGUUUGACCGCAAAUUAGGAGCCACUCAGCAUUACUAAACUAUAGCUGCUGAAAAUGCCACUGAAAACCAGAGGUGAACUUACUGUGCCUUUUAUUGCUCAGUGUUAUGCUUAUCUACAUUUUUUAAAUUUCCCUUUAUAAAAUCACAACUGUCGACCAUUGAGAAUUGUAAAUAUAAACACUAUUAUUUUCCUGAGUGCACAUAAACUGAGAAUAAAACUCAAGGGAUACAUAAUUUAAUGUGAAAUUCAUCACAGCGAUGCAUGACGUCAUCUCAUGUCGGUUGUGUUACACUGUGGCAUGUUUGGAUUAGCUUAUCUCAUGGAAGUAUUAUUGUGGAGUAGGACUAGUGUCUGUACAAGCUGGUGGGAUGAGUUUACAUGCUGGGCAGCAAAAGAAUAAACAUUUUUUUCUAACA